UGAUAAUUCCAUAAUUUUCGACAUGAGAGGGAAUGAAAGGCCUAAUCAUCGUGUCCCUCUCUUCUGUAUAGAAUAUCGUUUAUUUUCCUGGGCAAAACUCCAGCUGUUCAGUGCUGAAUCUAAUGCUACUCAAAGCCAGUAAGCCCAGAAACCGUUUGGAAAGUGUUCUCGGGAUGCAGGAGUUGUGGUGUGGAGACACCAAGCUCUGUAUUAGCUACAUGACAAAAAAGCUCGUGGCCGCAACUGUCGUGAGCCAGUAGGUGUGUGUGCUGAGGCAGUUUUUCUGACAUGCGCUCCUGUUUCCUAUUUUUGGAAAUGAAAAUCAUAUUUUGGAAUACUUAAUACUUUUCAAGUAGGAGACUUUCAGUGGAUGAGUUGGGGGGAGAAGGCAAACAUUAAGAUAGAUAAAGCUUGUACCCUGAACUGGAGAAAAUAUAUAUUAGUAAAUAUUAGGUUUGGUUUUAAUUUUAGUCACAAAGGAAUAGCAUGGUAAUACACUUAUUAAAUAUGAAAAAGUGAAUAGUUUACACGUGGAAAUACGUGCUAAUAGUAGCCACUUCAUUUAUAUGAGUGGGUUACAAUUAGUAUGUUUAAUGCAACUAAGAAAACACAUUUACAAGGCUUUUUCUUUCUCUUGUGUAGUCUAGUAUCAAGAGAAUGUUAUAGAUGUAUUCUGUGGCAAGUGUAGAGAAUUUAGAGGAAAGGAAAAGGAAAAAUUGUUGGUGUUGAGUUACUCCAAAUAUUUUUUGAAAGGUUUCAUCAUCCUUGUUGUAAACAGGAAAAAAAAAAUCACAUAAGGGCUUUAUGGGAUUUUCUGUACAUAAUCUGUCUUAUGUUUCUGGUACUCAAAACUUCCUUCUACAUAGAAGAGCUUUAAAUGUAUAGAUGAUCUGUGAUUUUUCCCUGCCUUGAAAUGCUACUUUUGUCUCACACUAACUUCAGUGCAUGUUUUAUUUUAGUGCUCUGUGUUCGGGUGUUCUUUUUAAGAAGUUGCGCAGCAUCACAAAAUCAGUUAAAACAGUCUAGAAAUUUGGUUUAGGGAUGUUUAUUUCAGUGGCAAAAUUCAAGUGUGUAUAUGCUAAUAAGUGUGAGUAAUGUGGCAUUUAUGAAAUGUGCUAUUUAUGUUUGCAAGAGCAGCAGAAUGGCUGGAAGCCAUGUCUAAAAGUUGACAUCUGAUUUAUCAAUGAGGAAAUGCUGCUGUUUCCAGAGCCUUUAUAAACAGUAUGUCACUGUGAUAUACUGCUUUCCAUGAUCGCUCAGGUGGAGGGGAUAAGAAGGUAAAAGUGACCACAGUGAUUCAGAUUUCAAAAUUGAUCCAACUCAACCUUCUUUAUCCCAUGAAGUUAUAAAUGGAUACCCUAGGGAAGGCAAGAAUAGAGUGGAUUUGUGAGCUACACUUAUUUAAAUCUCGGUCUUCAACAGUUUUCUGCAUAUAGGAUUUCCCGGGCCUGUGGUUAGUCUGCCUAGUAAACUGAAAGAGCCCCUCUGGAAAAAAAGAGCGAUAAAGAGACCAGAACCUCCUGCCAAAUUUGAUGUGUGGGUAAAUGAUGGAUUUAUGUGGUGGCAUAAUUAUGUUUCUGGUUUUCCCAAGAGUGACGCUCCCUUCCAAAUUGCUUUGCUAAUAAUUUGUAAUACAAGAUUUACUCUUCUGACGCCACCAUUCCGUAUCAGGGUGACAUUUUAGCAAAACCAGUCAGUUGUAACACCAAGGUCAUCUUCCUAGGUGGUAAUGAUCAGGCCAGAGCCAACCAUUUUGUGUGUGAGGCCAGGAUGGUUUUUCCUCAUGUAUGAGUUGAUAAAUGUAUCCAUAAUGAAUCUAGUCUCUUAUUUUAGUCCCUCAGUCCUGUAAAGUUAUGCCAUUCUUUGUAUGUGUGUGUGUAUAUAUAUAGUAGUGCAUGUAGUAUGUCAUGCUUAAACGCUUGGGCUCUUACUCCCACUUGUCUUUCCAAGUCUUGUUUAAAAUCUGAUUUGUUUGGGGCAAUUAAAACUUCCUCAGAAGAACCUGCCUUUUGAAAGAUGUAUCGAAGGUAGCCUAUACAGAAUGUCUUUCAAUUACUUCUCUUAAGUGCUUUGCCAAAGGGUGGGAAUUAUUUCCAUUUUUCUAGGCGCAGAAGCUUUUUAUGCAGUAUUUGAGUCCAUGGGCAAGUAGUUUUAAGCCAGUGGGACUAAAAGUCUAUGUAGAGCCCUCUGCUUGGUUUCUUCAGCUGCACUGGCUCAGCAGUAACUAGGUCUUCAAGGCGAUUUCCUAAACCUCUUCAACAAAUUUCAGUGGAAGUUUUUAGCACACAUUUUACAAUGUGUAUUGAAAACUUCUCUUCCUGGUGAAUGAUACUGAAAAACACAUAUGGCAUUUGCUUAUGCCGGAAAGCUGCAGUUAAUGAUUUAAGGAGGUACUUGAGUAUAUGAGAAAUACCACUAACUUUAGUGGAACUAAGCGUAUGCUUAAGUCCAUUGGUGAAGUGAACCCAAAGGUUAAGCUGCAUCCUGGUUUAAGAUGUCUACUAUGCCAUUAUAGGGUUGUAGUUAUUUGGUUUUGGUGUUCUUUGUUGUAUUGUGUUCUCCCCCAUGUAAAAGCUGGUCUUCUGCAGAAACACGGGAAAUCGUGAUUUUUGUGGUUAUUACAGAACUGAGAAACAACUUCAUUUUGUUUUCUUAAUGCUUGUUUUCUUUACAUUUUAACAAGGAAAUACCUUGCUAGACUCUUCGUGCUUACUGUGUUUACAAGUGAAACUGCAAUCGGGAGUGACAAGUAAAGAGCAGUCUAACACAGGUGGCUUGUCCUAUAGCUCAGAAAGACUUUUAAGUGCACAUAUGAUGUUUGGGGUGGGUUUGCAAGGAAAGACUUGGGAGGGGGUAGGUGGAUGGGAAUUAUGUCAAUUGGCCAUAGUUGGACCAUGAUACACAAGCCUGACCAAGUAAUAUUCCCGUUCAGCAUAUGCUCCAAUUGAGUAUUUCUGUAGUUCAGCCUUUUCUUGCUGUCAUCCCUUCAGCAGGAAGAGAAACGUGUGGCUGAAAAGGCCAUUUGUGGGAAUAGACGUUAGGUUAUUAUCAAGACAUUUCUAGAAAUUGUCAGCGCUCUGUCCCUUCGCUGAAAGCAUGGCCUGCAGUUCUUCACUGGGUUUUGAAGUGUGUGUUUUCCGCUGGCUGGCUGUGACACGUGCUGUCAGAGCGAGAGGCGUCUGUUCCCUGCAGUCCUGCAGGCACUGACCAGCACCCCGGAGUUCUGCAGGUGGUAUUUGCUGGGAGGCAGAGCUGUGCCUUUUCUGCAGAAAGUUUGUGCUGUUCAUAUUCACUCUUACUGUGGUCUCACAAGUCUUGUCUUCAUCUUAGCGUGUUUUAAUGUCCUGAUGAGAGAGCAGGAGGGAGUGCGCUGGUGGCUGCUGUGAAGUGCGCCCUUUUGGGAGUUCUCUUUCAAAAGGGUCCUGCUUUCAAAAUAGAUAACCUAAGCACCUAUUGCCAAGGGAGGAUUGAAACAGUGAUCCCGAUCUGACACAGGCGUCUAUUUUUGACAUUCAGGGAGGCACCCUCAUCUGAAAGAAGGUAUCCGUGGUUGGACUGUGGGUGGCCUGGCCAGGUGAUGGAUCUGAUGUGCACGCAGCGACAGCAGAACUUGAAGGAAAUGACCUAGAGGCCUUACAAAUACAUUCGUGCAUUUUUGUUCCGAGUCUACAAUUGAGGACGAAUGCAGUCUGGAAGCACCGCUUAAUGUUACAACGGAAACAACUACCUCAACAAACAAGGAAAGGGGAAGAAGGCUUGCAAUAAUAAACACUAAUUUUUAAUAGCUUAUACUUGCGAAGUCUUCUGUAAACAGAGUCCAGAUUUUUUUUUAAUCCCCUCCAGUAUUAAGAAGAGACACUACAAAUAAACUAAUUUGGCAGACUGGAUCUGUCAAGACAUUUGAAGAUAUUUGAUCUGCUAACACAACAAUUUGCUUUUUGAAGGAAGGAGCCUCUGCACUGCUUUUACAAUCGCUGUUGAUCGGUGGUUUGCUCCACUUUUCCUGAUAUUGCCAAUGGGGAAAUUGUAUUAAGGUCUUGCUUCUAAAACUAUUAUUUGCAUUGACAAAAAUAACUUUUGUAGACUUAACAGCAAGUGACAAUAAUGUGCUCAUGAAGAAAUUGUAGGUGAUAACUUCUCUGCUCCAGUGUUGCUUUUCCGUGUGCAGAGUGGAGUACCGAACCAGAGGCAGAGCAUGGUUGAGAGAAUACAGCUUGCUUUUUGAGUACAGUUUAUAACUGCAGCAGGGCUGCACUGAACACUGAAAAUACAAAGUCAGCAAGUCUGCUGCCUUUCUCACUGCUGAUACAGAUUAUACAGACACUUGCCUUUUUGAAAUGCCUUUUGUGAAACCUAUGUACGCAGUCCUCCACUGUUACUGUACAUAACUAUAUAUUUGGGGAAGGAAUUUGACAAGUGAUUGUUAAUUCAAGGAAUCUUCGGACAGGCACUCACUUAUGUAUUGCUGUAGUGCACAAGAAAGCAAAAUGGACUAUAAGCGGCGCUUUUUGCUUGGCGGGUCCAAGCAAAAAGUGCAGCAACACCAGCAGUAUCAAAUGCCUGAGCUAGGCAGGACCCUGAGCGCUCCGCUGGCAUCGACGGCCCCGGCGUCCCCUCUGGUCUCCUCAGCUGCUGCGGGCAGCUGCAGCCACCCCGUGUCCCACACGACUCCCAUCGCAGACAUCCAGCAGGGAAUCUCCAAAUACCUGGAUGCACUCAACGUGUUUUGCCGUACGAGCACUUUCCUUACAGACCUUUUCAGCAGUGUAUUUAGGAACUCGCACUAUUCUAAGGCAGCUAUGCAACUGAAAGACGUGCAGGAACAUGUCAUGGAAGCAGCGAGUCGACUCACAGCAGCAAUAAAACCAGAAAUAGCAAAAAUGCUGAUGGAACUGAGUGCAGGAGCUGCAAACUUCAAAGAUCAAAAAGAGUUCAGCCUACAAGACAUUGAGGUCCUCGGGCGGUGUUUCCUGACCGUGAUGCAGGUCCACUUCCAGUUCCUGUCCCAGGCUCUGCAGAAGGUCCAGCCGGUGGCCCACUCCUGCUUUGCUGAAGCUGUAGCGCAAGAGAGAAAGAACAUUAGUGGGGUUGGAGCCUCAAAUUUAAGCCCCACAAAUGAGCUAGAAGAUGCAAUAAGAUCAUGGAGAGGCGCAGCAGAGGCCACAUCUCGCCUGCGAGAAAGAGGCUGUGAUGGAUGUUUGGCAGGAAUUGAAGUUCAGCAACUCUUCUGCUCGCAGAGCGUGGCAAUCCCUGAGCAUCAGCUCAAAGAGCUAAAUGUGAAAAUUGACAGCGCUUUGCAGGCUUACAAAGUGGCUUUGGAGAGUUUAGGCCAUUGUGAAUAUGCAAUGAAGGCUGGCUUCCACUUGAACCCAAAAGCUAUUGAAGCAAGUCUUCAGGGCUGUUGCAGUGAAGCUGAAGCCCAGCAAACGGGAAGGAGACAGACUCCGCCUCAGCCAAUUCAGUGCGAACUGCCCACUGUACCUGUUCAGAUAGGAUCGCAUUUUCUGAAAGGAAUAUCCUUCAAUGAGUCUGCAGCAGAAAACCUGAAGCUGAAAACGCACACAAUGCUGCAGUUGAUUAAGGAAGCUGGAUGCCACAAUGGACUCACACCGCGGGAUGACUCUCCUGUUACCGAAGUACUAAAUCAGGUUUGCCCUUCCACUUGGCGAGGAGCCUGCAAAACUGCUGUGCAACUGUUAUUUGGCCAAGCUGGACUGGUGGUUGUGGACACAGCACAGAUUGAAAAUAAAGAAGCCUAUGCUCCUCAGAUAAGUUUAGAAGGAUCCAGAAUUGUGGUGCAAGUUCCAUCAACUUGGUGUCUGAAGGAAGAUCCAGCAACAAUGUCUUUGCUACAGAGGAGUCUGGAUCCUGAGAAGACUUUGGGAUUAGUAGAUGUGCUCUAUACCGCCGUGUUUGACAUACACAGGUGGAAGGAAGGAAGGGAGCAAGCUUUGCCUUGUAUUCAGAUCCAGUUACAGCGUGAAAUCUCAGACUUUGGGAAUCAAGUUGACAUGCCAUCUGGAAAUGGAAGCAAAUCUUCGGGUGGUCUGCAAAAAACGUUCUCAAAACUGACUUCAAGGUUUACAAAAAAAACUUCCUGUACCAGUACAAGUAAUACUGGAAGUUAUUCAAUCCCCAAUACACCUUCCAAAAAUGUCUUCAUAAGUUCCAACUCAGAGGAGAAAGCUAAAAUGCCCACUAACAUAGAUGCACGGUUACAAAGCAUUUUGAACAUUGGCAGUUUUCCUAGGACCACAGAUCCACUGCAGUCAAUUCAGAGCACAAAUAAUCAGCUGGUGAAUGGAUUUCUAGUUGAAAGAUGGGACAACUUCUUCAAACCAGAUGAUGGCAAGGACGACAAAGGUAUGAAUUUGCCAACUGACCAAGAAAUGCAGGAUGUUAUAGAUUUCUUGUCUGGUUUUAACAUGGGCAAAUCCCAGCAGACUUCUCCAAUGGUGAAAAGAAGGAACUCUGUUGCAUCCUCUACAGCAGCAGAACAAAAAUCAGGAACAGUACAACAGCAGCCGCAGUCUGUGUCUCACACCCCACUGCAUCCUUCUCAGCAAGGCUUGUCACAGCAACAACAGUCACAAAAGCAGCAGCAGCAAGUGCAGUAUUACCAGCACUUGCUUCAACCUAUUGGACCACAGCAACGCGUACCUGCCAAGUGGCUGACUAAUUCUUCGCAGCAGCCAGCCCAAGCUGUUGGAGCUGGAUUGUCUCAUAUAAACCAGUGGAACAAUCCUGGUUUUUCAGAUUUAAGCUCUGAUUUGUACAGCUUGGGUCUCGUGAGCAGCUAUAUGGACAAUAUGAUGUCAGAGAUGUUGGGACAGAAACCACAAGGACCUAGAAACAACACAUGGCCAAAUCGUGACCAAACUGAUGGAGUGUUUGGGAUGUUGGGAGAAAUCCUGCCUUUUGACCCUGCAGUUGGCUCUGAUCCAGAAUUUGCCCGCUACGUUGCUGGAGUGAACCAGGCUAUGCAACAAAAGAGGCAAGCACAGCACGUCCGUCGUCCAAGCAACACACGCGGCAACUGGCCUCUUCCUGACGAUCCUCAUAAAACCUGGCCCUUUCCUGAGUAUUUCACAGAAGGUGAUGUGACAAAUAGCUGGUCUGGUACUCAAGGAGACUCUGCCAGCUCAAGUGAUGAGACCUCCUCAGCUAAUGGAGACAGUUUGUUCUCCAUGUUCUCAGGGCCAGACCUCGUUGCUGCUGUAAAGCAGAGAAGAAAACACAGUAGCGGCGAACAGGAGCCUAGUACGCUACCAUCACCACCUCUUCUUUCUGCAGCAGAUGACCGCAGUCAGGAUAAUAAAACCAAAACCUGGCCUCCGAAGGCACCCUGGCAGCACACGUCCUCUGUCACCAACACGCUCCCCGGUCAGAGCACAUCUCUGUAUCCCAUGAGCAGCCCCGUCAGCCAGUGGAGCGACACGAUGCAGAUCCUGCAGUCCCCGGUGUGGGCAGCAGCCAACGACUGCGCUCCCGCAGCAGGAAUCUCGUCCAGCUUUGCCUACGCGCAGCAGCAGCAAUCGCAACAACAGGCGUCCCAGCACAAACCGAUGAAUAAGGGCUUUAAAUCUUUUCCAGUAAAGCACGAACGCAGACCAUCCUACCUGCAUCAGUACUAAUUGCUUUUCAUAUUGGAAAAUGCAGCACAGGGCCAAACGUAAAUGACAGAUACUUUGUUUCACAAUUGUGUAUUGGCUAUAUGCUGUUUAUCUCAUUAAAUAUGGAAUGGAGGGCGUUUGGGUGAGAUGUACAAACUCUUCAAUUCUGAUUUACAGUGCUGAGCAAAUAUGGCCAAUAUGUUUGUUUGAUGUUCAUGAAACAGCCCAAAACUGUGAUGUAGAAAUGUGUAUACUGCCUUUACUUUCAAAACUUUUUUUUUAAGGAACUGCUGAAGGCCUAUCAUACAAGAAACACUGUAUUUUAUAGCUAUUUUUCAUAUAGAUUUAUAGUUAAACAUCUUACUGAAACACAUUGAAUAUGUUGAAGCAAAUAUAUAGCAGUCACUUUGCUCAACACUGUUUAAAUUUAUAAUGGACAAGCUGUAAAGUCUUUGUAUUCUCCAUAAAUGGCCCGUGGGCAGCUGUUUUUAAAUGAAGUGCAACAGCAGCUCUUCGUGCGCCACACAAGUGAGUUCAUUAUGAAACUGUUGCAGAAACAGUUGUGAAUUUGAGUUUUGUGGUAAGCAGAACCACUCAACCUUGUGUCAUAAAUCUUAUCUGAGCUGCUUAAAGUAGAUGGCAUCUGUGUGGAUAAUAUGACACUGGUUUUCAGAUAAACACACCGUUUCUUACUGCUUCAUUUGGCCAAAGGCAUUAUCCACACAGUGCUCCUUCCAUGUGUGAAAGUCUAGCCUAAAAGACUACUUGCAUAUAUUUAAAGUCUUACUUCAGAUGCUACAGUUGAUGAAAAAUUGUGAGCUGGCUCAGAAGAUACUAAACUGAAAUGUGGGGUAGCAGUUAGUUAAAAGAACAUUAUUUUUUUUUAAAAGGAUAAAGUAAUUAUUUGCCGUCAAUAUGUGCCAUUAAGUGAACCUGUGGAAUUAGGAAUAACCUUCCAACCAAAGUGGAUCCGGGAGAGUGACUGGUGCUUAAAAACUGAAGAACAAUGGUAAAUAUAUGUAUAGCUAUCCCACUGUAUAUUAAUUGAGAUUACAGAAGAUUCUUUAUAUAGUUAGAGCUUAUUUAAAUUUUCAUAUUUCAUCUUUGAAAGAGUCUAAAAACCACAAUAUUUUCUGGUAUAAGAGUUUUGACAGUAUUAAUCUUAUUUUUGUAUUUUUCUUAAGUCAUAUCAUUCUAAUACGUUAACUACUAGUAAAAUGGGUUAUUAGUUCUAACUACAUAAUUUUUCAAUGAAGAUAAAGCACAUUUGUUGGUUUUGUUUUUACAAACUAAGUACAUCUAUAUCUAAAGAUACCAAAAAAUAAAUACAUUAUAUAUAUAUAUAUAAAUAAAAAGUAUACACAACACUAAAACUAUUAAACAUUGGGGUAUUUAAAACCCAUCCACCUUUUUUGUUUGUAUGGUGACGGGCUCUAUUUGCAGGCCCAGAUUGUUACCUUUUGUGCUGUUUGAGGAUGCCAAUGUUGCCUGUAUUUAUGAUAUUGUCACCAUGUUUUCAGAAACUUCAUACUUACCAUGUUUACAAAGAUUUGUUUGCUGUACAUAGACUUUUUACAGUAAUGUGCUUUGCACAAUCAGUGUGGCUUCUGUCUGUAAAUUGUUAAUGAUCUGUACUACUAUAAUUUUGAAAACCCUCUGCUGAAAAUGUUAGUGGUUAUUUAACUUGAUGAAUGGUUUUGAGUUUCCUACAUCUUGUCAUUUAGAUCUAAUAUUAAAUCCUAAAUUUGGUUGUACUUACUGGUUAUUCAUACUAAGACCAAAACGGAGGUUAAUGAAAACACUUAGUUUUGAACUUUUUCUAACAAGUGCCAAAAUCAUUGCUAUAGUUUUUGCAGUUUAUUCAUAAUUACAAAUGCUGGCAAGUUUCUGGACCUACAGAAGUGAAUUGCGAAAACAAAGUUUGUCUGCAUUUUGACCACGUAGGUGCUACUCUGUCCUUUGCUUCCGAUUGUUCUGAACACUGGUAAUUUUAAGAAUUGUUGCACUUGGCAAAUGAGUCUUGCCAUUAAACUUCACUUACACUGCCAAGUGCAAGGGUUUGGUGCUUAGUUAACUUACCCUUAUUGCAGUGCUUCUUGUGAAUAGCUAAUGCUUCUGAACUGGAACUGUACAUUUUGUAUUUUAAAGCUUCUGUAAAAGUAAACUAUUUGCUUUAUUAAAGAUACACAUUUAAUAGGUCA